AUGUUUGUUAAUGUGCUAAAACGAUCAAUACCCAUCUUGAUCAAGAGACAGCUCCCACAAUAUUUGGUCAUUGUGCGGAACAAGCGACUUUAUAUGACACCAUUAUCAAAAUAUACGACAAGACAACAGUCAUGUCAAUUCAGUACUGCUAUCUAUAAACCUUGUAAAAAAACAUUUCAAAAGUUACUGAUUGCCAACCGAGGAGAAAUUGCCUGUCGUAUUAUCAAAACAGCAAAAAAGAUGGGUAUCAAAACAGUCGCUAUUUACACAGACCUCGAUGCCAACGCGCUUCACGUUCAGAUGGCAGAUGAAUCGGUUCAUGUGGGUCAAUCGUAUCUGUCCAUUCCUGCCGUUCUUCGUGCGAUCGAGCAGACAGGUGCCGAGGCUGUGCAUCCAGGGUAUGGCUUUUUGAGCGAAAACCCAAUGUUUGUAAAGCAACUAGAAGAGCGUGGUAUUAUCUUUGUGGGACCAAAGGCAUCUGCAAUUGCGGCAAUGGGGGAUAAGAUACAGAGCAAGUUGAUUGCUAAGGCAAGCGGAGUGAAUUGCAUACCAGGCUAUGAUGGAGAGAUUAAGGAUGUAGAAGAAGCGGUGAGCAUGGCAGAGACGAUUGGAUAUCCGGUGAUGAUUAAGGCAAGCGCCGGAGGAGGCGGUAAAGGCAUGAGAAUAGCAUGGAAUCCAGAUGAAUUGAGAGAUGGCUUCAAAUUGGCUAAACAAGAAUCAAAGUCAUCCUUUGACGAUGACCGUAUGUUGAUUGAGAAAUACAUUGAUCAUCCACGGCAUAUCGAAGUACAGGUCUUGGGUGAUAAUUAUGGCAACGUGGUCUACUUGCCAGAACGAGAAUGUUCGAUUCAAAGAAGAAACCAAAAGGUGAUUGAGGAAUCACCUAGUGUUCAUCUUGAUCCUGAGACACGAAGACGUAUGGGAGAACAGGCAGUGGCACUUGCUAAACAUGUAGGGUACAAUUCAGCGGGUACGGUUGAGUUCUUGGUGGACAUGGACAAGAACUUUUAUUUUCUCGAAAUGAACACACGGUUGCAGGUAGAACAUCCAAUCACAGAGUAUGUGACCCACUUGGAUCUGGUCGAGCACAUGCUUUAUUCUGCUGCUAAUCAUCCACUGAAUCUGCGGCAAGACGAUAUCGUACUAUCUGGUUGGGCAUUUGAAUCAAGAGUCUAUGCUGAGGAUCCGACGAACUAUCUGCCCUCGGUGGGACGACUGCUUACCUAUCGAGAGCCCCAGAUGGAUCAAGUGAGAUGUGACUCUGGGUUUAUCGAAGGAUCUGAGAUGCAUCUUGACUAUGAUCCACUGAUCUGUAAACUUGCGACGUAUGGCAAGACAAGACAAGAGGCUCUCCAACGUAUGCUUCAAGCCUUGGAUGGAUACGUCAUCAAGGGCGUAACACACAACAUUCCUCUGCUCAGAGGCGUCUUUUCUCAUCCAAGGUUUCAAGACGGGAAGAAAAUCACGACACAUUUUCUAUCAGAGGAGUAUCCGAAUGGGUUCAGACCAGAAUGGUUAAAUAAAACAUCAAUCAACCACAUUGCUGCUCUGACGAGCGCAAUGUGGUUCAAGAAAGAGUUGAGUUACUGGCGCGGCCCAAACAAGAAAACGGUAGAGUCCAUGUGGGUAGAAAUAGAGGACGAAGAUAGCAAUCGAGAUAAAAGACGCGUUGAAAUUGAACACAAGGGAAAUGACCUGUUCGUGUCCAAGACAGAGAACCAAUCAUUUGAGUUUAGCCUAAGGUGGCCAUUGGAUAGUCUAUUAGCUCAUUCAUGCAUUGACCAUCAAGAGGUAGUUAUUCAAUACUUGGAUAAACUAAGGAUGGGAUUCAGAAUACAGUAUAGAGGCAACAAGAAAGAAAAGACGAAAAUAGAAAACAAGAGGAUGAAGUCUCCUAUGGCUGGUAAGAUUGUAUCUAUAUCUAUUAAAGAAGGUGAACAAGUAAAGGAAGGAAACGAGAUGGUCAUUGUGGAAGCAAUGAAGAUGCAAAAUAGUCUAAGAACGCCACAGACGGGUGUUGUUAAAAAAAUUCAUGUACAACCAGGAAACACAGUUAAAUCAGGUCAAAUUCUGAUUGAGUUUGAAUAA